GAUAAGAGAAAGACUCACCUUUAUAUAAACUAGAGUGAUAUUUGAUCGAAAAAUAGUUACUUUAGUCAUUGUCGGAUUUUCAAGAUGUCAUUUAGAAAAUUUGUGCUGGCGGUGAUAUUUACCGCAAGUUUCGUUGGAUUGGUAGAUGCUUCUGAAAACAACUAUGAAGAGCUUGUUCAAAGGAUGUCAGAGUUAGAGAAAAAGGUUGAUCAAGUACAGAUAUUGGAAUCUCGUGUUUCUGAGUUGACACUUCUACAAACAAGGUCCAAUCGCAAACAUGAAUUGUUAGAGACACGUAUCAAUGACUUACAGAGGCAAGUUAUGAAUAAUGAAAGAACCAUUGAAACACAACAAGCAGAGAUUGAACGUUUACAGAAUGACAACACAGACACGUUGGAUGGAAAAACAGAUGACGAUGAGGUACGGCAAGACCAACCAUUGGAAAAACAAAGCAGCACACGUGCAAUCAAGAGAUAUUCUGGUGGAAGAAUAAGAAGAUCUUUUCCGGAGACUCCAUUUGCAUUUUCUGCUGUUCUUGACCAUAAUGUUGACCAUGCUGGAAUUGAACAGACUGUACUAUUUAACAAGGUCCUUCUCAAUGAUGGAAAUGCCUACAAUAACCGCACUGGUGUUUUCACAGUACCAAAAGAAGGUGUUUACAUGUUUUACCUAGCGUUUGGUGCUGGAUAUGAGCCCCAUAAAGUGUGGAUGCAUAUGAUGGAGCUGGGAAAGUUGCCGGUGUAGCCGACACAAUAAGCCCCGGUCAUGACGCUCAGGGCACAAAUUUUGUUGUGCUUCACUUACGUAAGGGAGACUCAGUAUGGGUUUCAACGUUUGCAGUAGCUGAUGUUAAGAUCUAUGGUGCGCCUGGUUUUACAACAUUUUCCGGAGUUUUGUUGUAUGAAUAUUAAAUAUCAAUAUA